ACACAGAUCAUUCUUAUAUACACGUUCGAGGACUCACCUAUAUGUAUGCACACCUGCUUUUAUUUAUGACCUAUAAAAAUUUGGAAUAUAAUUCCCUCGGUCAGGCUUCCUGGAAAUUAGUGAACUGUAAAAUGUAUAUAUAUGUGCUACUUCACCUCUUCAUGUCCAAAACUGCGGUAUUAGUGCAUUUGAUCUAAACCAACAUGGCAUAUCUCACAUGAUAUGACACAACCUCAACCAUAAGUCCAUGGUUGUGGUACCUCUCUUUUGGAUGCGGGAGCUAUUUUUUUUAUUGUGGAAUGUGUGAAAGCAUGGGUAUCUCAAAGACUUGUUCAAAGAAGAUGUUUGAGAUUAAUAUUUUCUAAAAAAAGACUAAAUUGGAACAUUUUAAUCUCCAUAGAUCCCAAAGUAGCUUUGUCCAUAAAUCAUGUAGCUUGGAUGAAAUAGUUUUGACAUAUCACAGUUAAGACAUUUAAUGCUCCUGUUAUGGCCCUAUGAAUGAUUCAGCUUUGAAUAUUACCCUAGUACCUGUACCAUACUACCAUGUUUACGGCAGUUGUGUAAAGAAUGACUAUCGGUUCUUUAAAUCUCAUGAAACAGGUCUUUCAAGAACAACAACUGAUGAUAUGCUAUACAAGGCAUUUGCACCUUUUGGAAAUCUUCGUGAGGCAAAAGUUAUCAUUGACAGAGGCUCUGGGAAAUCAAGGGGGUUUGGUUUUGUAACUUAUGAUACCGUGGAAGAAGCUGAGAAGGCAAGGUCAGGAUUAAAUGGCCAGUUCAUUGAUGGUUGGGUAAUUUUUGUCGACCCAGCCAAACCAAGGGAAGCUCCUCAGCAACCUCCACCUAGGCGAGACAUGCAAUCUACUGACACUGGUUACACUUCGAACAAGACUGUUGGAUGGAGUGGUUAUUGACUUCCAUCCAAAUUCUUUGAAAAUAUAUUUUAAUUGACUGGAAUAUAUUGGCUUUUGAAGAAACUGUGUUAUUUAUUGGGACACAUUUGAACUGCAAAAUCUGUUGUCAGUUUUAGUGAAUUGUAUAAUGGACAAUAGCUGGAGAGUGGAGAUGUAUUUAUCUCUGCAUCUGGCUGCAAUAGCAUGAUGAAAAAAUCACAGGCUAGUUUGUUACUA